UUAUUUAUAACUGUAUAUACGCACACAUACACAUAGCUCCAAAGUGGCCGUCACCAUGGAGAGAGCUUGCUGUAGAAAAUUAUUUUUUAAUUCGAUAUUGUUGCAUUAGUUCAGUGAAUAUUGGGUUUUACAUACGUUCAUCAAAAAAAGCAAGAUUGGUUUUCAAUAAGGCUAAAAUGCGAGUACGUCGCAUUGUCCGCUUUGGACAAAAAACGAGAAAUAAUAUAUUUUUAUAACUUAUUGUUUUUUCAACAUUUCAGGAUGAAUGGAGGAAUGGAGCAUAAAACUCCAGGACACAAUGCUGCGCUCCAUAAAGCACCUAAAAAUUAUAAGUUGCUCAUGGACCCAUUCCUUAUGAAAGGAGCAACAAAAUUGUACAGAUAUGAUGGAACUGUUCCUGGGGACACCACAUAUCCGCCUGUGCAGUGUCGAGAUCCUCGCUCUCAACUUUCCAGGAUAUGGAACAGAUUAGAACCAGCUGAUUUACCAGUCCCUAGAUUUAAGAUAGACAAAAAUUAUGUUGGAAUACCUCCCCAACUUGAAGUUACUCUAGCCAACUUAAAUGACAAUAUUGACAAAGCGUUUCUCUCAGACAUGAUGCACAAAGUUGGGGCUUAUGAGGAAUUAACUAUAUUUUACCACCCUGUCACCAACAGGCAUCUAGGAUUUGGUAGAAUUGUCUUCCAAGAUGUUAAAUAUUCUAAGAUAUGCAUUGAGAAGUAUAAUGGAAAAUCUGUUAUGGGUCAGGUGUUGGAGGUAUUCCAUGAUCCGUUUGGCAAGCGAUGUCAGGAGAUGUUUGAAGACAAGACAAUGGAGAAGAAGCCUCAGCCAGUAGUGCCGGCGCAGCCUCCGCUCGAGGACGCGAGGAUAGCAAAGGUUGAUCCCGCUCUAAGUAAGCGGUUAGAAGAUACCAAGCUUACUGACAAGGUUGACCACAUGAAAGACCCAUUUCCACGGAAAGAGACGGAGCAUAGCGACAGCAACCAGCGGUGGUCUGACGAUGAGAGGCACGAGCAUCGGCACCGACACCGCAGCAGGGGCGAGCGAGACAGAGAUAGAGACCGCGAUCGGGACCGAGACAGAGAUAGAGACAGCCGACGAUGCAGGAGGAAAUGUAGAAGAAGACACCGGGACCGAUACUCUCGCAGCACGAGUGAGGCCACGGAUAGUCCGUAUGCGGCCUCGAGCCAUGCCGCUACUGAUGUCAGUUUCACGCCCGCGCCGCAGGCGUACGACCCUUACUACCAGCAGAGUUACGGGUACGGGUACGGCGCGGGCGCCACGCCCGGCGGCUCGGGCAUGUGGUGGGGCGACUGGCGGCACCCGCACGCGCACCCGCUCCCACACUUGGAGCGGCGCUCGGGCGCGGGCGCCACGCCUGGCGCGGCGGCGGCGGCGGCGGCGACGGCGGUGGUGACGCCGACGCCGGCGUGGGCGGCGCCGGCCACGCCCGCGGCGGCGCGCGACUCGCCCGCGCCGGCGCCCGACCGACCCAAGGUCACUGACCCGCCCCCGACACCGAUUAGCAAACCGCAAAAGGCACUGUACAUUUAUCUUUCCGCACCCGCUGGACGCUUGCACUGGACGACGCGCUGUCGUGAUUGCUCUGUUGUAGUGAUUGGUUAUGCUAGCGCUAUACGUUUGUAUAUGCAGGAGGCGGAGGCGCCGGCGCCGGAGCCGCGGCCGCCGGCGGAGGCGGGCGCCGAGCCCGAGAAACCGCCGCCGCCGGCAGACGAGCCCAAGAAUGUUGAUCUCGAUACUAGAAUAGCAUUGCUACUGAAAGGCGGCGGCGGCGGCGGGCUGGCUCCGCCGUUCCUGUCCCUCGGCAUAUCCUCGGAGGAAGAAGACGACCACCUCCCGCCCGUGCCUGACCUUGACGCGCCUCAACCGCCAUCUGACGACGAAGGGCUGGCUCCGCCGUUCCUGUCCCUCGGCAUAUCCUCGGAGGAAGAAGACGACCACCUCCCGCCCGUGCCUGACCUUGACGCGCCUCAACCGCCAUCUGACGACGAAGGUUCCGGCAGUGAAGACCGGGGGAGCAUAGUUUCCUUCAACCAGAGCAAGGAGCCCGAGCCGGAGCCCCUCUCCACAACGCCGUCCCCAUUUCUGCAAAGGGACUUCUACCUCGAAUGCCUCAAGUCCACCAUCGAAAAGAGAGCAAGAGAAGCGGAGCGCAGAAAAUUUCCAGCGAUGGACAAAAUAGGGUCAGAUAUUUCAUCGUCAGAGGACGAGCUGCUGACUGGCGAGGAGCCUCGGCGCUCCCCCGCCGCGCCGCCGAACCAGGAUAACUUGGACGACGACCAGAUGUCGCUGUCAUCGCUGUCGUCAACGGAGGCGAAGAUCGAGGAGCAGGUGCCGGCGGAGGCGUACUUCUACCCCGCGGCGCCCGCGCAGCCGCAGUACUACCAGCCCCCCAUGUGGCCGCCCACUGCCUACCCUCCUCCGGGCUAUGCGGGCGACUUGCCGCUGCCGUACGGCGCGCCGUUCGCGGGCCCGCCGCUGCUGGCGCAGCCCUACCAGCCCUUCGUGGACCAACCGCCCGCACAGCAAGAGUUAGACAACCCGUACUUCCCCACAAUAAACUCCGUGAUCGAGCGAGUCACCGCGGAGCUGAAGGCGAUCCUGAAGAAGGACUUCAACAAGAAGAUGAUCGAGAGCACCGCCUUCAAGAGCUUCGAGCAGUGGUGGGACGAGCAGAGCAGGAAGACCCGCCAGGCGCCGAAGAAGGAGGACGCCGCGCAACCGUUACAAGACAUCUCAAACAAGAAGGAAGACACGCUAGACUCGAUAAAGUCCCUCAUGGAGUCGCGCGACAUCGCGCUGGAGCUGGGCGGGUACACGGCGGGCAUAGGGCUCGGGCUGCGCGCCGCCAUACCCAAGAUGCCCAGCUUCCGGCGCAAGCGGAAGAUACCCUCACCCGUCGUCAUGGACGAGGACUCUAACAAGAGGUUGAGCGAUCAGGAGGAGAUGGUGCAGAACUCGGACGAGGAGAAGGAACUGCCCGCGAGCCCUAGAACGCGCACGCAGGGCUCGUACCUGUCGCGCCAUCGCCGGCAGUCUAGCAGCUCGUCCAGAUCGUCGUCGUCGUCUUCGUCGCGGUCAUCAACCUCGUCGGCGUCGGAAGCGGAGCCGGAGCCUAAGGGGCCCGCGCCGCGCCUCUACUCCGACAGCGACGACGACUCGGACCUCGACGAGGCGGAGGUCAACUUCAAGGUAGUGUCGAACAAGGAGCGGCUGCGCAGGGUGUAUUCCUCGUCGUCGGACAGCGAGGAAGAGAAGCAGAGGAGACGAGAGAAAACGCCCAUCCCCGACGUGCAAGCGGACGACGAGCGGCUCGGGUCGCCCAUCCUGUCGCCGGAGGAAGAGCCUCGGGACACGCUGCUCGACCGCGUCUACUCCGACUCCGAGGAGGAGCGCGAGUACCAGGAGAAGCGACGGCGGAACACGGAGUACAUGGAGGAGAUCGAGCGCGAGUUCCUGGAGGAGCAGCGGCAGAAGAUGGAGACGGACCAACGGCCGCCGGACAAGCCGCCCGACACCAGCAAACCCGAAAGCAAAUCCGAAGACCGCAGCAGCCCAAUCAAGAACCACCGCAAGAGCCCAGAAAAGAAACAGGAGGUCGAGGACGGCGAGAUCACGUCCGAGGAGGAGAACCUCCAGGCGCGGCGCAAGCGGGAGCGCAGCGAGAGAAAGGGAAAGAAGAUGGAGAAGCGAGAGCGGGGGAAGGGGGACAGAGUCGAGAGGGUGGAGAGGGUGGAGAGGCUGUCCGUCAGCGACAGCAACACAGAGUCCGCGGUCAGCGUCAACGGGGUUAAAGAGGCACUGUCAUCACCAUCGUCGUCCCCGGUGUCGCAAGCGUCGCAGGCGUCGCAAGCGUCACAGGUGGCGCUCGACCACUCGUACUGCCGCCCGCCGCCCGACCUCGAGCACACCAACCAUCUGCAGCAUGACCACGGUUACACGUGGAUGGCGGAGCCUGCGGUGUCGCCGCCGCUCGACGCGACCAAACCCAAGAAGGAGACCAAGAGGCCCUACAAGAGGAAACACGAGACCAAGAAGCUAGCCGAAAUACAAAACAAGCUGGAUACUCUCGAUGAGGUCUCGCACGCGGUGGUGUCGGACGUGACGUUCAAGCCGCGCGACAUCAUGGCGGAGAUGCAGGUCAUGUACGAGUUCCUGACGCGCGGCAUCGACCGCGAGGACGUGCAGUACCUCAAGCGGGCCUACGAGGCGCUGCUGGCCGAGGACGCGCAGGGCUACUGGCUGAACGACACGCACUGGGUGGACCACCCGCCCACCGACGUGUGCUACAGCCCGCCCAAGAAGAAGUCCAAGCGGCACAACAACAUCUACGAGGACCUGCAGGGUCACUCGUCCGGGUCGGCGCGCACGGAAGGCUACUACAAGAUGGACGCGCGGCUGAAGGCCAAGUACAAGUACCACCACGGCCGCGCCGCGCCGCUGCCGCCCGACGACAAGAAGGCCAGCAAGAUGCAGACCCAGUCCCGGGAGGCGCGCUCCAACCAGCGCCGCCUGCUCACCGCCUUCGGUACGGAUACGGAUUCGGAUCUAUUGAAGUUCAACCAGCUCAAAUUCAGAAAGAAGCAGCUCAAGUUCGCCAAGUCUGGUAUCCACGACUGGGGAUUAUUCGCACAGGAGCCGAUAGCGGCCGACGAGAUGGUGAUCGAGUACGUGGGGCAGAUGAUCCGGCCGAUCGUGGCGGACGUGCGGGAGGCGCACUACGAGGCCACCGGCAUCGGCUCCUCGUACCUGUUCCGCAUCGACCUCGACACCAUCAUCGACGCCACCAAGUGCGGCAACCUGGCGCGCUUCAUCAACCACAGCUGCAACCCCAAUUGCUACGCGAAGAUAAUAACGAUAGAGUCUCAAAAGAAGAUCGUCAUCUACUCAAAGCAGCCGAUCGGAGUAGACGAAGAAAUCACGUACGACUACAAGUUCCCGCUCGAAGACGAAAAGAUUCCUUGUCUGUGCGGUGCGCCGCAGUGUCGCGGCUUCCUCAACUAAGAAACGUA